AAAAAUUUAAACACAAAUCUUAUUCACUUAAUAACCUACCUUUUUUUUAUGCUUCCAAAACUUAAUCAGAACGAAAACUCUAAAAAUACUUCAACUGGGGAUGUAAAUCCAAUGAAUACUAGCUUAGUUUCUCUAAAAAAUAAGUUCAUGGUCUUGCCCAGCUUUUUAAAUGGCACAAUCAAUAAUACCAAUAAAAGUUCCUCAAAACAAAUUAACAUAUUUUCUCAUUAAAAUAAUGAUCCUCAGGUAAAUAGUCAGAAUAAAUGGAUACUCAGUAAAAUUGAUAAUAACACAAACAGAAUAAUCAGUGCCUAUAAAAAAUAAAAUAGCAAUUUCAUAUCCCACAGUGAAUGUAACAGUCCAGAAUUAUAGAAGAAAUCUAUGCAAUAAGCACAAUAAAAUGAGAACUAAACUAAAAGAAGAAGAAGAAUAAUAAAAAUAUGCGAUGCCGAUCUCUCUAAUUAAUAAAGCACUCAGAAUGAUAGUAAUAACACUUAAGAAACGUAAACUACAGAACCUAGUCAAAUUCCCACAAUAACGUAGUCUUCUUCCAAUAAAAAAAGAAAGCUGGUCAGAAGUAUGCUCUAUGUUUAACCUAAUACUUCUGAUUAAUUCAUUAUCUAGUAAAACGAAAAUUUGAUGUAAGCCAAUUAGGUUUAAUCGCCUCAACCAUUAUCGGCAAGUGACUAUAUUUUAAGGAAUAAGUAGCAAAUAAAUUUUUCUGAGGCAUCAACUAUUAUUAGAGACAAGGCUGAAACUUUGUCAUUAAAUAAAUAAUCAUCUUAGUCAAUUAAUUUAACUGACAAGUCUUAAACAAGUCUUUCUAGCAUUAAAUCUCUAAGCCACUAGCGCACUCAAUCCUCAAUACAGUUUAUUGGUAGCACUGAAAAUGAAAAAGAAUGUUCUCCCAAGUCUGAUAAUUAAACAUCAUAGAUAAAUCUAGUUUAAAAUGACUAAGGAAUGAAAUGUUAGCUUUCUCAUCCUAAUUUCAAGAGUAUUUUAAAAUGUUCAUCAUAAAAAUAGACAGCCUCUCCAUAUAUAAGAAUAUCUAAAAAAUAAGUAAGUUUCAGCUAAAUAAAGUAAGUAUUUUGA